UUAGCAAAGGCUAGCGAGCCUUUAUCCGAAGGCGAGUUUUUGAAAGAAUGCAUAGUAGACACAGCAGAUCUCUUGUGUCCGGAAAGCAAAGGCAAGUUUGAAAAAAUCAGCUUGUCACGCAGGACAGUGACUCGGCGUGUGGAACUGAUUGACGAAGAUCUAGUCAGCGAGUUAAACAAAAAAAGCGGAGUCCUUUAAUUUAUAUUCACUAGCACUGGAUGAAAGCAACGACAUGAAGGACACUGCUCAGCUCCUAAUUUUUAUCCGAGGGAUAAAUGACAGUUUUGAGAUAACGGAGGAGCUUUUGAGCAUGGAAUCGCUGAAGGGGAAAACGCGAGGAGAGGACUUAUAUGAACAGGUGUCUGCUGUCAUCGAGAGAAUGAAGCUGCCUUGGAGUAAACUUGCCGGUGUCACCACGGAUGGAUCGCCAAAUUUAACUGGAAAAAACGUUGGGCUGCUGAAGAGAAUCCAAGAUAAAGUGAAAGAAGAAAACCCUGACCAGGAUGUUAUUUUUCUUCACUGCAUCAUUCAUCAAGAAUCUCUGUGUAAGUCUGUAUUGCAGCUUAAUCAUGUUGUGGAUCCAGUUGUAAAACUUGUUAACUUCAUACGAGCAAGGGGACUUAAUCACCGUCAGUUCAUUGCGUUCCUAGAGGAAACCGAUGCGGAUCACCAGGACUUACUUUACCACUCUCGUGUCCGCUGGUUAAGUUUGGGGAAAGUGUGCCAACGAGUGUGGGAGCUCAAAGAGGAGAUUCGUUCGUUUUUGGAGCUAAUGGGGAAAUCCGACGAAUUCCCUGAGCUGAGCGAUGAGGACUGGCUUUGUGACUUUGCGUUUGCUGUGGACAUAUUGUCACACAUGAAUGAGCUGAACGUUAAGCUGCAGGGGAAAGAUCAGUUUGUGCACGAUAUGUACACAAAUGUGAGAGCCUUCAAAUCCAAGCUGAUUUUAUUCUCCAGGCAAAUGUCAAACAAAUCUUUCGCUCAUUUUCCCACACUGGCCAUGCAGAAGGCCACCCGAAACGUGAAGAAAUACUGCAAAUCACUGGACGACAUGCACAGAGAAUUCUGCCGUCGGUUCACUGAUUUUGAAAAAAUUGAAAAGUCACUUCAGCUGGUGUCCUGUCCCCUGUCACAAGACCCCGAAACAGCACCGCAUGAGCUGCAAUUGGAGCUGAUCGAUCUUCAGUCUGACUCCAUCUCAAAAGAGAAGUUCCGAUCUCUUAAACUGAAUGACUUUUACGCUUCACUUAACGAAGCCACAUUUCCAAACCUCCGGAGGACGGCACAGAAGAUGCUGGCAUUGUUUGGCUCGACCUACGUGUGUGAGCAGACUUUCAGCGUCAUGAACAUCAACAAAGCCCGAUACAGAUCCCGGUUAACUGACCAACACCUCAGAUCUAUUCUGAGAAUUGCCACAACGAAACUAACUCCAGACUUUGAUGCACUGGCAAAAAAAGGAGAACAACAACACUGUUCCCACUGAAAUGUGAGUUUUUCUACUGUGUUAUGAAAAAAAUAGCAACUUGCGCAUUUACGCACAGCAGCGGUAUACAGUAGCUUAAUUAACAUGCCGCACAUCGCUCUCAUUUUAAAGACCCCUUCCUUUCGUUGGGUAAUAAUAUGUUCUGAAUGUUGAAAGUGAUUCCAUUGAUUUUUUUUCCCACUAAAUGUUGUUUUCUUUAAAUUUUUUUAAUACAUUUCAAUCCCCAGGUUUAAUAAAUUACAUUGCUUGUCCAAAUGCUCCUGGCCCGGCCCCUCUGUCAAAUUUUAGAACCCAUUCUGGCCCGCAAGUCAAAAAGUUUGCCCACCCCUGCCCUAGUGACUCCUAUUUGCCCCCUAGUGACUCCUAGUUGUCUCCGCCCCCUAGUGCUCCCUCCGAGUCUCCGCCUCCUAAUGCUCUAUCCGAGUCUCCGUCCCCCAGUGACCUUUUGUUGCUCCCUAGUGGCUCCUCAUUGUCCUCCAGAGAUUCCUCGUCGCCCCCUAGUGCCUCCUCCUCGUCAGCCCCCAGUGCCUCCUCCUAGUCGCCUCCCAGAGCUCCCUUGUUGCCCUUACGAAUUUAUUCUCAUCCAACUUUACUCGUAUUUAAAACAAAUCAAAAACUCAGAGCCUGGCUCUUAUACUCCAUCAUA